AAAACAUGGCGGCAAAAGUUGUGCAAGACGAGAAAUCUACGAAGAAAGUUGUUGUUGUAGGAGGUGGAUUGGUAAGGAUCUCUCGGAGUGUUCUUGGAGUGUUUUGAUGGCAAGUGGAGAUCUAGCGGAAAUUGUGCUCUGUUGAAUUUGGUUUUGGUGCAGCCUGUAACUCAAUCAAUGCAUGCUUUCAUGGGUAGUGCGUCUUUCACGCGUUUGAAUUAGGCAGGUGCCUUGAUUGCAGUGUACCUUGCAAAACGUGGGUUUAAAGUAGAUGUGUUUGAAGCUCGCAAAGAUCCUCGCAAGGAGGUGGCCCAAAGAGGUAGAAGUGUCAAUCUUGCACUCUCUGUCAGAGGAAUUGAAUCAUUACGAGCUGUGGGAGCAGAAAGCCUGGUUAUGGCACUUGGCAUCCCUAUGCACGCCCGUAUGAUUCAUUCUCAUAGUGGAAACACAACACCCAUUCCUUAUGGAAAGAAAGGACAGCAUCUAUUAUCAGUUGAAAGGCAGAAGCUGAACAAUGAUCUCCUCACAGUUGCAGAAACUUACCCAGACGUUCGCAUACACUUUGAGCACAAACUUAUUGCUGCUGAUAUUGAAGGAGGCCAUCUUACCUUCAAGUGCAAAGGAAAUGAUGAUGAAAAGUUAGAAGUUGAUGCUGACAUUAUUUUGGGCUGUGAUGGAGCAUACUCUGCUUUAAGAAGAGAGCUCAUGAGAAGACCAAGGUUUGAUUUCAGUCAAGAAUACAUUCCUCAUGGUUAUAAAGAGCUUUGCCUUGCCCCAACCAAGGAUGGAGAGUUUGCCAUGGCAGUGAAUUAUUUACACAUCUGGCCAAGACAGACAUUCAUGAUGAUAGCUUUACCAAAUCAGGAUAAAUCCUUCACCUGCACAUUGUUCUUACCAUUUGACCAAUUUGACAAGUUGAAAACAAAGGAUGAUGUCCUGACCUUUUUUAAUGCAGAGUUCCCAGAUUUCCUGAACCUCAUGGGAGAAGAAAAACUGUUGGAAGAAUUUUUCAGAAAUCCAACCGGUCCUAUGGUAUCCAUUAAGUGUAAGCCCUACCAUGUUUCUGACAAACUUGUGAUUAUUGGUGAUGCCGCUCAUGCAAUGGUUCCAUUUUAUGGUCAAGGAACAAAUUGUGCAUUUGAGGAUUGUCUGGUACUUGAUGGAAUACUAGAAAAACAUAAUAAUGACUUUGGUGCUGCACUACAAGAGUACUCAAGAACACGAAAUAAGGAUGUUGAAGCUAUGUGUGAUUUAGCAAUGUACAACUACAUAGAGAUGAGAUCCUUGGUGACAUCUCCAGUUUUCCUUAUGAAGAAGAAACUGUUCAACUUACUCCACUGGCUGAUGCCAAAAACAUUUAUUCCCCUUUAUACCAUGGUGUCGUUUUCUCAGAUACCUUACAAGACUGUCAUUGACAGAUCAGAAUGGCAGGAAAAGGUUGUGAAGAGGACUGUACUCAUGUCAGCAUUGAUGGCUGGAAUUGGUGGAGCUUUAAUGGCACUGAGAAUAGUGAAGAAAGACAUCAAAUUGUUUUGAAAAGUUAUUUAAUAACUGCAUGAUGUAUGAAUUAUUUAAAUAGUACAUAAUUUUAGACGCUGGGUGUUUUCUUUGAAAGAUGCUAUGACUGGGAGAUUUCUAGAUGAACCUAGACUGCUAAGUUCAAGCAUUAAACUCUUUUCACCCUAACAUCAGUAUGCAUAUUCUCCAUACUGUUUUCUAGACAUUUCCCAAGGAGCUAGCUAGGAGAAUUUGUUGAACAGUCAAGAGCUUCUUUACUUAGGGAUCAUGUCUGUUAUUCUUGUGACCUUCAUGGGGUGACAUUAUAAGGAGAAGUCAGCUGCUUGUCACUCUUAUGAGAGACCAAGACAGAAUUUCUCCUUAUGAUAUCAAUACAAUAUCAAGCAGACAAGUGAUGAGAAUAAAGAAAAAUAUCAGUCAGGGGAUUACAAAUUGAUCCAAUGACAAAUUCUCCAAACUAACAUCACAAGAACUGUAUGGCAGACAGUAAGGAGAAUUACUAAUGAGAUCUUGGGAGUUUAAGGGUUAAAGGGUUAAAAAUCAAAAACCACCAAGACAAAAAUUACAGUUCACACUUCAGGUUAAGCUGUGUAAUAUUUGAAAAUACAUUGAUAUUUAAUUUGAAUGUUCAAGAACAAUUUUGAAAUAUAGUCUUUGAAUUUUUUUCAACGCAGUUGCUCAUUUGAAUCAAUUACAUGUCAUUGAAUUGUAAAUCAGAAUCACUACAGCAUUUGUAUGUGGGAACAUUUUAAUACUCUAACAAAAUUGUUUGACUGGGUGAUGGGAUGUAGUUAAAAAUGCCAAUAAAGUGAAAUGGUAAAGUGAUAGAGAGACUUCCUUAGAAGUUGCGUGGUUCUCAUCACAAGACACUGAAGAGCAUAACUUUUUAAAAUGUUAUGUUAUGUAAUAUUCAAAAUACAUUGAUAUUUUGUUUGAAUGUUUGAGAACAAUUUUGAAAUAUCUUUGAAUUUUGACAAUGGAAUUGUUCAUUUGAAUCAAUUGCAUUUCAUAGAAUUGUAAGAAUCAUUAUGGCAUUUGCAUGCGAGAACAUUUUAAUACUUUAAAAAAUUGUAUGACUGGGUGAUGGGAUGUAGUUAAAAUUUCUGAUAAAGUGAAAUGGUAAAGUGAUAGAGACUUUCUAAGAAGUUCCGUGGUUCUCAUCACAAGGCACUGAAGAGCAUAACUACUUAAGAGGAAAAUCAAAAAUAAAUAAAAUCUUCAUGGUUUCCCUGGUUUUAGAAUAACUAACAUGUCACACAUCCACAGUCAAU